AAAUGACACUGUUUGUAGAGAUAAGUUUAAAAUAGGAGAUAAGAUAAAAGAUUGGAUAGAGGAUCUACUGGAGAUAGCCUAAUCGAAUAAGCACUAAGAGUUGCAAAAAAAAUGCGCUCUAAUAUGCAUUGUUUAAAAGGCGUCGCCUAGGCGUCCAGACAACAAUUUUGGGUAGGCGUCGGCGCCGCCCAGGUGCCAUUGACUAUGGCGUCCGCCUAGGCGCGGUAGGCGUCGCGGCGACGCCUUUCUCCCUCUGGGCGACGCCUUAGACUAGGGUUUGCAGUGGGCUAGGGUUUGCACUGGGCCUUAGGCGCGUUUUGUUUUGGGCUUUCACUGUGCGCGCGAUCUCUCCGCUGCGGAAAUUUCAGCGCCGCGCCCGUGGGCAAAUCUCCCUACGCGGCGGCAAAUCUCCCUGCGCUCUCUCUCUCCCUGCGCGCGCUCUCCCUCUCCCUGCGCGCGCUCGCAGCUGCUGCUCUGGGUGCGCGGCAAAUCUCCCUGCGCUCUCCCUCUCCCUGUGCGCGCUCUCCCUCUCCCUGCGCGCUUUGUUCUUCUAUGAGUGCGGUGUACCUUUCAAUGCCGCAGCAGCUAGGCAGUUUCAGAUUGCAAUUGAGGCCACAGCACAGUUUGGUUCAGGGUAUAAGCCUCCAACACCUUACCAACUAGGCGAGCCAUUGCUACAAGAGGCUGUGAAGACAACAAAUACAAUGAGGGAGGAACAUGAGCGUGCAUGGAAACACUAUGGUUGCACACUCAUGUCUGAUGGAUGGUCUGAUAGGAGGGGACGCCAUCUCAUUAACUUCUUAGUGAACAGCCCAGAGGGCACUUAUUUUUUAGAGUCCGUUGAUGCAUCUAGUGAAGUACAUGAUGCAUACAUGCUUGCUGAUUUGCUUGAGAAAAAAGUUGAUGAGAUUGGGAGAGACAAGGUUGUACAAGUUGUUACUGAUAAUGGUGCCAAUUACAAAGUUGCAGGCAAGCUUCUAAUGGAGAGGAUUCCUACUUUAUUUUGGAGUCCAUGUGCUGCACAUUGCUUGGACCUAAUGUUGGAGGACAUAGGAAACUUGAAGGAAUUCAAGAAACCAAUUGCACGUGCAAGGCGUGUGACAACUUUCAUAUACCGACACGGGAGAAUUCUUGCUGCCAUGAGAGAGAAAACUGGUGGGGCUGAUCUUGUGAGGCCUGCAACCACUCGUUUUGCUACUUCCUUUCUCACAUUGAAGAGCUUGUACAAGCACAAGGAUGCUUUGAAGGCUUUAUUUGCAAGCACAGCUUGGACUGAUAACAGAUUGUCAAAGACUAGUGCUGGAUUGGAUGUGUAUAACAUUGUCUUCUCCACACAGUUUUGGAAUUCAGUAGAAGAUUGCCUUAGAGCUUCAGGGCCACUACUUAUUGUACUUAGGGUGGUAGAUGGAGAUGAGAGGCCAGCUAUGCCAGAGGUCCAAGCAUUGAUGAAAUGUGCAAAUGAAAAGAUCAAUCAAAGCUUUGCUGUCCAAAGCAAGAAGACUUUACUCAAGAAAAUCAUAACUAUAAUUGAACGGCGUUGGGAGAAACAAAUGGAUCACCCAUUGUAUGGGGCUGCAAUGUAUUUGAACCCAGGAAAGUUGCAUCCUCUCAUAAGAAAUGAUGAUGAUGCUACUGUUGGUCAGCUAAGAGGUUGCUUUCUUGAUGUGCUUGCAAGAAUGGUAGAUGAUGAGGAAACUAGAGACAAGAUCAAUUCUCAAGCAAUGGAUUACGAGUUUCUUAGAGGAGCAGCUUUUUCAAAUAAGAUGGCCAAAGAUAACCUACAAACUAUGACCCCACUUGAGUGGUGGCGUUCGUAUGGUGGUCGUGCUAUUGAGUUACAGAGAUUUGCUAGACGUUUGGUGAGUCUUUGUGCGUCUUCAUCAGGUUGUGAACGCAAUUGGAGUACCUUUGAAUUUAUCCAUACAAAGAAAAGAAACCGAUUGUUGCAUAAGAGGUUGAAUUCUAUUAUCUUCAUUUCCUACAACAGAAAGAUGAAAGCUAGGUUCCAAAAACUAUGCCAGAAGAAGGGGAAAAACUUUGAUCCAUUGGUUCAUGAGGACUUCAACUGGGACAAUGAGUGGGCUGAUUCUUUGCAUGUAGUCCCUGAAGGUGGGCGUGGGUGUGAGUGUGACCUUACAUGGGACCUUGUGGAUAAUGCCAUUGGAGCAUCGCAAGCACUUCGUGGCCGAAACUUACCAAGAAGGGCCCAUAAUGUGUAUUCAAGAAGAAAUUCUGUUGCUGCACAAAACAUGUCAGAGGCUGAAGAGGAAGAUGAAGAUGAAGAUGAAGAUGUUCCACAUGACGAUGCAAAAAUCACAGAUUGUGAAGAUGAAUCUAAUGGUGGCAAUGAUGGUGAAGAAGGGGAGGCACCCAAUAUCCCAGGAGAGUUUGAUGAUGAUUUUUGAGCGACGGGAGACAGGGAGAGUAGCUAUUGCUAGAUUGCAUUAGCAAUUUAGCAUAUUUGCUGCAUUACUAACUGCAGCUAGUUACUAUUAAUUAUGCCAUUACAAACUAUCUAUGUGGCUAUUUCAGAUUUGGACAUUUGGUAUUGUGUUGUUUUAAAUUUUGUGACUUGCUGUUGUUCCUUUAGAAACUACUUUGUGGCUAUUUCAUAUCCAUUAUUAUGCUAUUGUGAAUUUGUGAUGAUUUCUAGUUUAUGAGUUGUAACAGCUGUUUGGUUGAUUGGUAUUUUGUAACAGCUGUUUGUAACAGCUACUAAGGCGUCGCCUAGGCGCCCGCCUAAGUCGCCUAGGCGGUCAGGCAGUGGCUGGGCGCCUAGUUCCGCCUAGCUGCCUUUUAAACCAUGCUAAUAUGUGAAGCGGCAUGUGCUGAUAUUGGGUCGAAAAAACCAAGCAGCGUCGGGGGCAGCACACAAGCUCCUAGAUUCCUGAUCACCGUUGGAUACAAGUGAACGACUGAUAUUGAGCGACUGCAGAGCAAGGUUUACAAAUUCGAUCGGUUUUGGCGGUAAACCGCUCGAUUUAUCGAAACCACCGAGUCGCUAUUUUAGUUAACCACCGUUUUUUUUCAUAAUUUACUGUAAAUUUAAAAUUUUUGAUUUUUUAAUAAAAACUGAAAAUCACUGGUAAACCGUCAUUUUUUUGCCUGGAAACCAAAUUUAAUGCUAAGAUUGAGUUCCAGUUUAGACGUAUUAGUCUUAUUUAUUGUUAUAUCUAUAUGUGAAGAUGUUAUAUGCGAUAUGUGAAGAUGAUUUACUAUUAGAUGAUAUUUUUUUGCCUACUUUAAGUGCUAGUUUAGUGUCAAGACACUGUUAGAUGAUAUAUGUGAAGAUGUUUUUUAUCAACUAUGUAUUGUUCUUGUAAGAGACAUGUCUGAUAUAGUUUGGGAGCAUGGAGAAGAUUGGCACAGGUUUCAAAUGCAAGUAUUGUAGAGAAACGAAGAGCGGAGAGGGUGGUGCUCGUUUGAAGAAGCUUCUCGCAUAUAGAAGUGCAAGUAUUCCAGAUGCAUGCACAUAUAACUGCAAGCAGACCGGUGUGUUAUUUUUGCUUCAUCCAUCAGAUAAGAAAGGAAAAAGGGUCAAAAUCACCCUUGAUCAUGUAUGGCUAUGGACACCCUGCACCGCCAUAUUCAAAUUUGUCACAUAUGUAUCCACCAGGACCACAUUAUAGGUAUGGACAAGUUCCCCCUGCACCAGUAUGCUUCGUCGAUAAGUAUUUAUUUUCCGUUCUUAUUUUCUUGCUAAUGUAUCCCAUAUCUUUUGUAUAGAACUAUCACUAUAAUAGAUUAGAACCAUAUCACGAUCCUUUCAACAUGUUUGAGUACUAUCACUAUGACUUGAGUUGAAUACGUGAGUAUUGUGAAACAUGUCAAUAUA